ACCUCCUAGAAUGUCGUCGACUUUUCACGCCGCCUGAACGAAAUGGAAGGAUGCUCCUCCACAAUCUUUGCGGGGUGAGGUGGAGAAUUUCCCCGGAUUGCUACCUUGAAGCUCGGUGUUAUUGCUGAUAUGUGCCGAGCAGGGUUCAUUGAAAGAGGGUUCGAUUCGCAGGAAAAUAUUUUCGAAAGGGAUGAGCAGGUUGACAUAGUAAAACGUCUCAUUUGCCGUAAACCUCACGAUGAAGAAUCAACUCGUGUACUUGCCUUUCAUCUUUUCGUUGGUCCAGGACGUUUCGGUCGUGGCCAAGAAGACUUGUGUAGUCGAAUCUCACGGAACUAAUACGACGGAUGAUGCUCCUGCUAUCGUCGAUGCCUUCAAGGAAUGCGGGCGCGAUGGCAACGUUAUAUUCCUGCCUACUACCUAUUACAUCUCGUCGGUCAUGAAUAUUACGUGGCUUAACAAUGUCGACAUUGACAUAUAUGGGACUCUGCUGUGGAGUACGGAUAUUCAAUAUUGGUUGAAUAACUCCUUGGAUGUCGGUUACCAGAACCAGUCGACGGCGUUCAUUCUAGGCGGCGACGAAGUUCGAUUAAAUGGCCAUGGCCGGGGGACUUUCGACGGCAACGGCGACUAUUGGUACGAGUGGAUCUCUCAUCAAGAGAACACCUCCAACUAUCCCGGGAGGCCGCACGCCCUCACCUUCAACGGCCUCCGGAACUCGGUGGUGAGGGGCCUGACCUUUCUACGAAGUCAGAUGUGGACGAUGUCGCUUAUAUAUUGCGAGCACGUUAUCCUGGACAGUAUAUUCGUCAACAAUACCGGCAACGUGGUGCAGAGUUCCAAUACUGACGGGGCCGACACCAUCCGCUCCUCGCAUAUCACGUUCAACAACUGGACAGUUUACAACGGGGAUGACAGCAUCUCGCUAAAGGCGGAUAGCUAUGAUGUAAAUAUCACCAACUCCCGAUUCUACAACGGAGAAGGCAUUGCUAUGGGUAGCAUAGGACAGUAUUACGGUGUCACGGAACAUAUUAGGGGGGUCAAGGUUAAGAACAUUACCUUCGACAACACUCUCCACGCGGUAUAUUUCAAAACUUGGACCGCCGACCAGAACGGAUACCCGCCAAAUGGUGGGGGCGGAGGGUUAGGGAAUGCUUCGAGUAUGUACUUCGAUGAUCUCUUCACCACGGAAUUGCGCGGCGCCGCGUUUUCCAUAUCCCAGUGUACGCGCUUCAUGGGAGCGCCGGGCGACGGAAACUGCACGAACUCCGAAUUUGAGAUCCUGGACAUCACCGUAAAUAACAUGUCGGGCACGACGAAAUCCGACGAAGUCGCUAGCCUUCAGUGUAGCGCCGUCAAACCUUGCGUCGAUAUCGGGCUCUUCGGCGUCGAUCUAAAGUUCGACAACGGGACCUCCGCAACGGCUUACCUUUGCGGAAACGCCGAGUCGCCUCGCGGAUUCAACUGCACAGGAGAGCCGUGCGUCGGCGGGAGUGACACGGGGGGUUGCUAAAGUGAGUAUCUGUACUGAGAUCGAAACGAUCGCGUAGGUUACGAUCAAGUCACGCUAGUAUAUGAUUAGAUGAGACGGUGGACAAUCUAAGCUGAUUAUAUUUCAUACAUGGGAGGAACAUGUGAAGCUAUUGAAGUAAUUCGGUUAGAAUUCGAUACGCGAGGCCUUCGAAUGU